AACUAGCCUACAAUGACGACAAGUGCGCCUACUGUUUUGUUUGAAACAGAGAAGGGGGCAGAUGCCCAGCUUUCCUCCUCACACAACUCUUCAGUUACUGGCUCCUGCAAUAUUGACGAGUCCUACAAGUACAUCUUCCUGCCCAUUUGCUACUCCUUUACCUUUGUCUUCAGUAUAACCCUUAACUUUGUGGUUCUCUACCGUUCCUUUCGACACACCAGGCACUGGAACGCGUCCCUGAUUUACAUGGUGAACCUAGCCACAACAGACUUCAUGUAUGGUUUAUCCCUGCCAUUUUUGGUGGCCAGUUAUGUCAUGCGGGAUGACUGGGUGUUUGGAGACUUCAUGUGCCGUCUAGUGCGUUUCCUCUUCUACUUCAACCUCUACUGCAGCAUCUUCUUCCUCACUUGCAUCUCAGUGCAUCGCUACCUGGGCAUCUGCCACCCUAUGAAGACCAUCACCUUGGAGACCAAACGAGCAGUCAAGGGGACUUGCGUUCUGGUGUGGAUUGCCGUUUUUGCACUAACGUGCCCAAUUUUCCGUUUUGCAAAGACACAGAAUCUUCCACGUGAAGGUAAGGGCUCGAGCGAGAUGUUCAUUAAUUGCUGGGAUGAUGCAAUUGAUAAAGAGUUCCAUGAUUACAUCCCUUACGGGGUCACGCUUCAUUUCUUGGGCUUUUUUGUGCCGUUCAGCAUCAUUGCCUGGUGCUACUCGCGUGUAGUUUUAACAAUAUUUCGGACGCUGCACUCUCAACCUCCUCCUCAAAGAGUCAGAAGUGGGACGGGCUGUGAAAGCGUCGCAGGAAUUGGGGGAGAGGGCAUGUCAAUCAUCUUGGGGGCUCAAUCGCCUUAUGUCAACAGACGGCGCAAGUCCAUCAAGACCAUAAUUACCAUCACUCUCCUCUUUGCCCUUUGCUUCUUCCCCUUCCAUGUCACUCGCACCAUUUUCCUACUGCUGAAAGUGACGAGUAGGGUGCAGUGCCACACCAUGCGCAUGGUUUCCAUCUGUUAUAAAAUCACUCGGCCGCUGGCCUCGUUCAACGCCUGGCUGAAUGCACUGCUUUACUUUCUUACUAAAGAGAAAAACGGGCCCUGUUGUCAAAAACCUGAACAUGCCCAGCAUGGCCUGCUAUGGCCACUUAGAAUGCUGGGAAAAGGAGAGGAAGAGGAGAAUGAAGUUGAGGAGAUAAGGAACCACAAGAACAACGGGCCAACAGAUAAAAACCAUACACACAGAGGUCUGCCUUAAGUAAUGAGCAUGUAAACAUGUGACAGUGCAGGACAUCAACAAGUGAACCUGGUGGACCUGCCUUCGUAUGGGAUUCAUUUGAAACAAACUGAUGUUUUUGUUAUAUUCUCUGUAUUUGUAUAACUUUGUGUGUUCACAUUAAACAUGGAGGAUCUUGUCGUUUUGUCUUUUCAAGACCCCUUAAAGAUUGUUUUACUUGUUGAUUGCUUGGAUGGUUAAUUAGUUAUUGUAAAUCACACGCAUAUAUAGAAUAAUAAAUUCAUUUAUAAGGUGUCUUAUGUUUGCAGUUGUUGGCAUACCUCAGGGUGGACACAUUUUGUGCAGGAACUAUGUUUAGCGCUGUCAUGGAUUAAUAUGUCAUGUUGUGAAUGAUUAAACUGUUCUAAUAAACAUUUUCUGAACCUGUUUA